ACGAAGGCGAUGGCGCAACAGCAACAGACAACUGCACCAAAAAACCGAAACACCCCGAAAUUUCUCAGCGCGAAUAGAAGGAGACGCCGAAAGACCGAAGUGCUCCGCACGCCAUUCCCGUCUGGAAAAUUUCGCCGGCUCGGCGGCUCCACGCACCAGAAGAGCAUCUCCAUCUGAUUCGCGAAGCCUCUCGAUCUCAGAUCUCUCCGCCGCGCGUUGACGGCGGCACCGUCAAGGGAAGGUCGCUCGGAUCAACUUUUCCGGACAUUUGGAAAUUGGCUGUGGCAGAAAAGUUCAAACUCUUAUCUAAGUAUCUGUUGCUGGUUAGGGUGAAGUACGGCAGGCACCGUUUACUUCUUCCGAGUUUCGUUGGCUUACAGACCAAAUCGGCUACUUUUUGAAUGAGAGACUGUGUGUCUCGUAGUUUUGCUGCUGGACCCGUAUAGUUUGCUGUCUUGUUAGAUGUGAAUCAAAUGAAGCUGAUAUCGGCAAUAUCCUGUAGUGUUAAUGGCUCAAGUCUAGUGAAGGAAGGAGAUGUUAGGCAGUGAUUUGGUUGCAGAAGAGGUUGAACACACUGUUAGAAGCUGCACUCAAAGUGGAAGCCAGGCCGUUAGUCUACGGCGAGAGCCUUCUUUCUCACGAUGGUGCAAUGAGGAUGCUGGAGUUCUUUUGAAUAUCCAGAAAGAAAACUCUGAUGAAUCGAUCGAAGAGCCUGAUUUUGAAUUGCCGUUUCUCCAGCAGAACGAGCAGGGAAAUGGAUUUCUAGGCCACAGUAGAUAUCAGUAUAGUAAGUUCCAGAUGGAUACUGUGCAUAUGAAUGGAAGCAGUGUGGACAAUCCUUCUAUACAUGGAGAAGGAAGUGAAUCUGAGAAGUAUUCUUCCCUAAAUAUUGAAAAUGGAUCCGUUAGUGAGAGAAAUCUCUCAAAUGUUGGUGCAGAUGGCCUUAGUUCUAUUAGUGGUCAUGAAGUAUCUGCACCAAAUUCCGAGAGUUCUAUCUCUGCUGCUAAUGUGCUGAAGACAUUGUUUUUCAUACUUGUAUGGUACACUUUCAGCACCCUUUUGACCCUGUACAACAAAACUCUACUAGGAGAUGACAUGGGAAAGUUCCCCGCUCCCAUGUUGAUGAAUACUAUCCACUUCACUAUGCAAGCCGUUUUAUCAAAGGGCAUCACUUGGUUUUGGUCUCAUAAAUAUCAAACUAAGGUUACAAUGUCAUGGACAGACUACUUUGUCAGAGUUGUACCGACUGCCCUUGCAACGGCCAUGGAUGUGAACCUCAGCAACGAAUCCCUUGUUUUCAUCUCUGUUACAUUUGCAACAAUGUGUAAAUCAGCAGCUCCUAUAUUUCUUUUAUUGUUUGCUUUUGCUUUCAGGUUGGAGUCUCCCAGCAUUAAACUCUUGGGUAUAAUCACUGUCAUCUCUGUUGGAAUCUUAUUAGCAGUUGCAAAGGAGACUGCAUUUGAAUUCUGGGGUUUCAUUUUUGUUAUGCUUGCUGCUGUUAUGUCUGGAUUUCGCUGGUGCAUGACUCAAAUACUGCUUCAGAAAGAGGCGUAUGGUUUAAAAGAUCCACUGACCUUGAUGAGCUACAUAGCUCCAGUGAUGGCGCUAGCAACUGCUUUUCUUUCCCUUUUGUUGGAUCCAUGGGACGAAUUUAAAAAUAAUAAUUAUUUCAAUAAUUCACGUCAUCUCACACGAAGUUGCUUAUUGAUGCUUCUGGGUGGAACACUGGCCUUCUUCAUGGUUUUAACUGAGUACAUUCUUGUCUCAGUGACAAGUGCUGUCACGGUUACGAUUGCUGGUGUUGUCAAGGAAGCUGUUACCAUUCUGGUUGCGGUGUUCUAUUUCCAUGAUGAGUUUACCUGGUUAAAGGGACUUGGUCUCUUGAUAAUUAUGGUCGGCGUCAGUUUAUUCAAUUGGUACAAAUAUCAAAAGCUACAAAAAGGGCAUCGUGCAGAUGAUCAUUCGGGAUCACCUGCAACAAAUGCUUCGGCAAAAUAUGUUAUUCUUGAGGAGAUGGAUGAUCAAGCUGAUGAAACUUGAUUGCUGCAGGAAUAUGAUCUAAUACUCUUGAUACGGCUCAAGUCAGCUUCUUGAAGCUUGUGAAAUUGUCUCAUCACUUCUGGUGUUGAGUUUGGUUUCUCCACAACGGUCAUUUUAAUAUGCAAGGCCCUGUCUGUUUUUGAUAUGAAGAUAUGCAUUUCGGGAUGUCAGUAAGACUUAGGCUGCGCAUCCUUGUGGUUUGAUUGCCUGCAGUCAAUUAAAAGGCAAUGCUCUUUUCUUGAGCAUCUGUCAGAGGUUUCCCAUAAGGCAGAUUUUGUCUCUACGCAUCAAGACUGCUAAGCGGCAAACCUUUAUUUCUUGAGAUAUAAUUCCAAAUUGGAUAGCCUUUUUGCCCUAGAUGUUAAGCAUGUAGACGACCAUUGUAUACUAGAAUUAUUCCGAGCAUUCUGCCUUUUGAUUUUCUCUGUUUAUUUUACUAUUCCAUCUAAUUUGGUCCCACCGUGGGAUUGUUAUGGCUGUAACAUGUGAACCAAAUUCCGUGGCAUGUACAGUGGAAGCCGGUUCUUUGUUUAACCAGUUUCGUUCUUUUGAUAGCACGUUCUUUUUCCUUGA